GCUGCUCCUGGCUCACAGCGCUCCGGGCGAGGAGAGCGGGCGGACGCCGGGGGCUGGGCCGGUGCGGGCGGCGAGGCAGGCGGAGGAGGCGCAGAGACAGCGGGGCGGCGUCGGGGCCGCGGCCUCUCCCUUCCCGCGCCCCUCGCGUCGGGUCCCCGCGCCCAGGGCGCACGGUGGAGAGGGACGCGGCGGAGCCGGCCGGCAGCCAUGGAACCGGCCCCCUCCGCGGGCGCCGAGCUGCAGCCCCCGCUCUUCGCCAACGCCUCGGACGCCUUCCCCAGCGCCUUCCCCAGCGCUGGCGCCAAUGCGUCGGGGCCGCCAGGCGCGCGGAGCGCCUCGUCCCUCGCCCUGGCAAUCGCCAUCACUGCGCUCUACUCGGCCGUGUGCGCCGUGGGGCUGCUGGGCAACGUGCUCGUCAUGUUCGGCAUCGUCCGGUACACUAAGAUGAAGACGGCCACCAACAUCUACAUCUUCAACCUGGCCUUGGCCGAUGCGCUGGCCACCAGCACGCUGCCUUUCCAGAGUGCCAAGUACCUGAUGGAGACGUGGCCCUUCGGCGAGCUGCUGUGCAAGGCUGUGCUCUCCAUUGACUACUACAAUAUGUUCACCAGCAUCUUCACGCUCACCAUGAUGAGUGUUGACCGCUACAUCGCCGUCUGCCACCCUGUCAAGGCCCUGGACUUCCGCACGCCUGCCAAGGCCAAGCUGAUCAACAUCUGUAUCUGGGUCCUGGCCUCAGGCGUUGGCGUGCCCAUCAUGGUCAUGGCUGUGACCCGUCCCCGGGACGGGGCAGUGGUGUGCAUGCUCCAGUUCCCCAGCCCCAGCUGGUACUGGGACACGGUGACCAAGAUCUGCGUGUUCCUCUUCGCCUUCGUGGUGCCCAUCCUCAUCAUCACCGUGUGCUACGGCCUCAUGCUGCUGCGCCUGCGCAGUGUGCGCCUGCUGUCGGGCUCCAAGGAGAAGGACCGCAGCCUGCGGCGCAUCACGCGCAUGGUGCUGGUGGUGGUGGGCGCCUUCGUGGUGUGUUGGGCGCCCAUCCACAUCUUCGUCAUCGUCUGGAUGCUGGUGGACAUCGACCGGCGCGACCCGCUGGUGGUGGCCGCGCUGCACCUGUGCAUCGCGCUGGGCUACGCCAAUAGCAGCCUCAACCCCGUGCUCUACGCCUUCCUCGACGAGAACUUCAAGCGCUGCUUCCGCCAGCUCUGCCGCAAGCCCUGCGGCCGCCCGGACCCCGGCAGCUUCAGCCGCGCCCGCGAAGCCACGGCCCGGGAGCGGGUCACCGCCUGCACCCCGUCCGAUGGUCCCGGCGGUGGCGCCGCCGCCUGAUCAGACCAUCCGGCCCCCAGCGCGCCCCUCCCUAUGACCCGGCGGCCACAUGCGUCCCAGUGGGAGGCGCGAGCCAUGACGGGGAAUGGGGCAGUGGAAGGUCGGAGGUUUGGGACCCCCAGAUGGGGCCUCUGUUUCGGAGACGGGACCGGGCCGCUAGAUGGGCAUGGGGUGGGCCUCUGGUUUGGGGCAAGGCAGAGGACAGAUCAGUGGCGCAGUGCCUCUGGGCUGGGUGCCCCGUUCACGACUCUAGGUGGGGUGGGAAAGCCAGUGACUCCAGGGGAGGAGCGGGACCUGUGGCUCCAGACCUGAGUCCUUAAACAGGGGAUCUCCAGGAAAGGCGAGGCUUCAACCUUGAGACAGCUUCGGUUUCUAACUUGGAGCCGGAGUUGGGGGUCCGGGCCUAGGACCCAGGAAGGGCAGUGGUGGGGACAGUUGCUUGAAAACUGAGCUGCAAGACUGGGCCUCUGUGUGGUAGGGAGGAGCCUCCUGUGAGGGGAGACCCAGAGACUGGACAGCUGGAUGUGGCUACAGCUAAAGAGUUGGUCACCAGAUAGAGGGCCUGUGCAAAGGGCCUGUGGCCUCAACUUCGGAUACUGGAUACAGUCCCAGCCCUGAGUUCUAGCAAGGGGCAAGGCUCGCUGAGGUCCAGGUCCGGCUUGACACCUUUAUAAAUAGAAUAUAAAAGACUGAGGGGCCAGUCGUGGUGGCUCAAGCCUGUAAUCCCAGCACUUUGGGAGGCCGAGGCGGGUGGAUGGACAUGAGCCCAGGAGUUCGAGACUAGUCUGGGCAACAUGGGAGACCCUGUCUCUACAAAAAAUACAAAAUUAGCCAGGCAUGAUGGUGCGCACCUGCAGGCCUAGCUCCUUGGAAGGUGAGAGGAUCGCUUGAUCCCAGGAGUUUGAAGCUGCAGUGAGCUAUGGUGGUAUCACUGCACUCCAGCCUGGGGGACAGAGUAAGACCCUGUCUCUAACAAAAGAGAGAGAGGGUGAAUGAGGGAAGAAGAGAUAGGAAGAGAGAGAAACAAUAUACCUUUUAUCUCUGACAGUCAUGUAUUUCCUUGGAAUGGGCAGGAAUGCCUCAGAAUCGAAGUGGCCACAGUGGGGCUUGGGACAGGACAGCAGAGCGGGGGGCAGCCACUCCAGGAUAGGGUAAUAAGACAGGACCUUGGUUGGGGUAGGGUCCCCAGAACUGAGUACUAAUGGGGGCCCAGAGGCUUGGGAAGGAGAAGGCUUCCAAAACCAGUUCGAAAACCCAGGCCUGGAGUGGACCUCCGUGCCAAGGGGUGGUGGUGGGUGGGUGGAGGAAGAGAGGUGGGCUCCUGCUUCAAGGUUAGGACUUCCAGUGGAAGGUGGAUGCUUUCUGUGGGUCCCCAGGGUCCUAGUUUCUCUGGCCCAGAUACUGGAGGACAGAGGACCACCUACUUAGAUCCCGUGGAUGGUAAGUGGUGCCUGGGACUCUUGGGGGCAGGGGGCGGGGGGCAGUUGGCACUUGGUGCUGGGUCCUGGGCCCUGAUAAGAACCUGGAUGAAAUCCUCUUCCAUUCUCCCAACAUCUGGCUGCACCCAUGUGUCUGGUGUCAAUGACUCCAGUGAACUGGAACUGCCCAUAUAGGGACCUGACCUUGGAGGAACUGGAGGGAGAAGCUUUUGUAACUGCAAUGCCAGCAUCAAUGUGUGUCCCCCUCUGCCUUUCCCCCCAGGCUCCCCAGGUCCCCCACCUGCUCCAGCCCAGCUGCCCCCUUCACGCUACUGAGAGUGGCAUCCACCUGGAGUUGGGUGUAGAAGUUUUUCUUUUUAUCGGUUCGGCAUUUUAUUCAGGCACUCCUGGAUCUUUGCUUCCCAGAAUAUCAGUGUCUGUCCUUGUUCUCUGUACCUCCCCCGUGCCUCAUCUCCUCUCCCCCCACUGCUCUCCCCUCCCUCACCGACACUGCCUCAGUAAUGCACCCCUGACUCCCUAUGCACCCCUGACUCCCUAUUGAAGCAGUGUGCUGACAUCCUUGUAAAAACAAAUUUAAUUUUCUUCCUUUUUUGGGACAGAUGGAAAGAAAUUGACGUCUUUGUCUCAAACAAAAGAAAAAAGAAAAAGAAACAAUAUACUUCUUUUCCUUUUGACAGCCAUGUCUUUGGAACAAAAGCUGGGAGGCUGUCACUCCAGCAGGGACUGAAUAGCAUGCAGGGGGCUGGGGUCUUAGGCACCAAGAGGGGCUUUGGGCACAUUAGGGGGAAGGGAUGCUCUUGGAGGGCAAAGCACAGCCCCCUUCUCAGGGUGAGGCUCCCAGCAGCCCCAGACCCGGGGAUGUGCCUCCUUUGGGAAAUGGCUCCCCCGGGUCCUGGAAAGAUGUGGGGCCGUGUCCAGCACUCACAUCCAGCCUGCCAAGCCACUGUGACCUGGGGUCCCAAGCCACCUAGAUCACUCUCACUACCCUGUGACCACAGAGAGCCCUGCGUCUGAGGGUGGGAGGUCGUCAGCAUGGCAGGAGACACUUCUCCUCAUCAGGGGCUCCUCUUAUGAAUGCUUUGGGGGUAUGGCAGAAAAAGGGGACAAUCUAGGAACUGGGGAAGACUCCUGAAGGAGGUGACAUUGGAGCCAGCCUGUUUACUGUCCCUGCAGGAACUGUGUCCCCUCCCAGGAUAGGCCUGUUUCAAGGCUGCUUGAAGCCCACUCACUGCCAUCUCCUGUGUCUGUAACAGAUCUGGCUGUUUUUUGCCCCUUCUGUUAUAUAAAUCUGUCCUGGGGUCAGCAGGGCCUGGGUCCAGACCACGUGUGUUUAAGGUAGUGCAAACUUGUAUUGAAAUCUACUUCCUGCCAAGCAUGCAUUCUGGGCAUCAGGACUCAGAAAUGAGUCAGCCUUGGCCCUGCCCUCAGAAAGCCUGAACCAGUGUUGGGAGAUAAAGCCUCAACAGAUGAUUGCACCUCAGUGUGAUGAGUGCAGUGACAGGGAGCCCCAGGGAGGGCAUCACGGGGAAGUGCCUUUUCUAGCUUUUCACUAAAACACAUGUUUGUAGCAAUUCUGUAAGAGGUGGAAAAGGGUCAGGGGCCCUGAAGGAUGAAUAGGAGUUGGCCACCAAGAAGAGGAAAUAGCGUGUGCGGAGGCAUGGGGAUGUUUAAAUGCUUGGCAAACCCAACAAAUGGGGUGCAGCUGGAGCAUGGGGCUUAACUAAGCUCUUCUGUGUGCCAGGCUCUCUGCCAGGUGUCUUGUGUGCAUCAGCCCACCUGAUCCUCAGGACAGCCUCGUGAGGAAGUAGUGUUAUCCCCGUUGAGGACAAAGAGAGCUGAGGCUGAGAGAGGUCAGGCUACUUGCUCCUAAGUCACAGCGCCUGUUCGUAGUGGCAGAACUUGGGUCUCUGGAAUUCCAGGGUCCACGUUUCCGGUUAAUUCCAGGCAUCAGUGAAGUAGAAAGGCCUUAGAAGCUGGAACCCCAGAAUGAGGUUUUUGAAGACCUGAAACCACAUGGAAAAAUCUAAAGGAAACGGGCAAUUUUCCAUGAACUCUUGUUCCUCCUGAAGCUCUCCAAAUCUUCACGUUUCAGAAUGUGCUGUGCAUGGUGCAUUUGAAAGCUCUAAAUUGACAGUGUAAUUCUAGAUCGUCACAGGGUUCUCAGAACUGCAGAGUAGCUCUGGUUCCCCCAAAAUUUCCAUUUCUCUCCCUCCAGGAGGAGGGAGGGACGUUUUUGCCCCUGAUUUCAAAAUGUCCUACUGUUUCAGAUCUCUUCUUCUUCAUCAUCUUUUUUUUUUUUUUUUUUUUGAGCCAGUGUCUUGCUCUGUUGCCCAGUCUGGAGUGCAAGUGCAGUGGUGCAAUCAUAGCUUACUGCAGUCUCAAACUCCUGGGCUCAAGUGAUCCUCUCACCUCAGCCUCCUGAGUAUCUGGGAUGACGGGUGUGUGAUACCAUGCUCAGCAAUUUUCUUUUUAUUUUUAUUCAUUCAUUUUGUUUGGGGUUUUUUCUGAGACAGGGUCUCCCUCUGUCGCAUAGGCUGGAGUGUAGUGGCACCAUCUCGGCUCAUUGCAACCUCUGCCUCCUGGGUUCAAGUGAUCCUCCCGCCUCAGCCUCCUGAGUAGCUGGGAUUACUGGUAUGCACCACCACAGCCCAGCUAAUAUUUGUAUUUUUAGUAGAGACGGGGUUUCACCAUUUGGCCAAGCUGGUCUCGAACUCCUGACCUCAGGGGAUCUGCCCGCCUCAGCUUCCCAAAGUGCUGGGAUUACAGGCGUGAGCCACCGAGCCCAGCCAAUUUUUUUUUUUUUUAAUAGAGACCAGAGUGUCUCUGUGUUGCCCAGACUGGUCUUGAACUUCUGUCCUCAAGCAAUUCUCCUGCCUUGGCCUCCCAAAGUACUGGGUUUACAGGUGUGAGCCACUGUGCCCAGCUCUCAUACCUCGUCUUGAUGCAGUAGAAGUAGUGGUUAAGGCUGGAAUCAGAUCUUGGCUUUCCCUCUCUGAGCCUCAGUUUCCUCAUCUGUACAGUAGGCUUCCUUCCUGGGUGGUUGUGAGGAUUUAAUGUAUGUGUAGGGAUAAGGCCCAGAACAUAAGUCAACUCUAAGUACAUGGUAAGUGGCAGUUACUGCUUAUGAGUGGAGCCAGCGUUCAGGGUCAGAGCUAGAGGCCUACAGGGGAGAGUAGAUGAGCUGCCAGGGCUAGCGAUGGAGAGAGAAGAGACUGGAGAUCCAGCUUGGGGAUCCCCUUGCUUCCUGGUUCAGGAGCCACCAUGGAGAGUGAGAAGCUGCCAGAGAAGCAGGAGGAGGAUGGAGAGAAUGUGCUACCAUGGAAACUGGAGGAGGAGGGCGUUCCCAGGGGGAGGGAGUGAUGGAUAAUGUCAAGUGUCAUAAGAGAGGAUGGGAGUAGGGAGGGCAGGAGGGUGAUGGUAGCUCACCAAUUUAGUUUUUUACAUGGCCCAGGCAGCCCCCAAGCCUGGAUCAAAUCCCAGCUCUCAAGCUAACUGGCUGUGUGACCUAGACAAGGGAUUUGCCCUCUCUGAGCUUCGGUUUCCUUCUAGAGUUGAGAUGUGGGAAUUGGUCCAUCUCUAAUAUGAUCGUCAGUCUCACUUAAUGAGUCCUAGCUUUGCCGAAUUCUUGGCCACGUGCUAGCAGUGUGACCUUAGGCAAGUCGCCUCCAUGAGCAGUCUCUGAAAGCUAGAGAUAUGGUGAGCAAAGUGCCACCAAAGUGCCUGGCACAUAGUGGGGCCUCGAUACGGGAUUAUUCUCUGAUAAUUACACGGGGGCCAGAGGCAGCUGCUCUAAGGAGGCUUGCUGGGCUUGGAAUUAGAAAUGCUCCUCAAGGGCCGGGCGCAGUGGCUCACGCCUGUAAUCCCAGCACUUCGGGAGGCCAAGGCGGGCAGAUCAUGAGGUCAGGAGUUCAACACCAGCCUGACCAACAUGGUGAAACCCCGUCUCUACUAAAAACACAAAAAUCAGCCAGGCGUGGUGGCGUGCACCUGUAAUCCCAGCUACUCAGGAGGCUGAGGCAGGAGAAUCGCUUGAACCCAGGAAGCGGAGCUUGUAGUGAGCCAAGAUCUUGCCACUGUACUCCAGCCUGGGUGACAGAGCAAGACUCCGUCUAAAAAAAAAAAGAUUAAAAAUAAAUGCUUCUCAAGUUGGAGAGGGCCCACUAGCAUCCUGAGAGGACCUGGAAGAACAACAGUCCAGGCUGGGCACCUGCUGGGUCUCUGUCCAAAGGCCAGCCCUGUCUUUGUGUCAGCGGCAGAUCCCUCACCUGGGGCGUGACUACUGGCUGCCAGCUCCCACUAACACCUGCUGCAGAUCCAGACUGAAGCCGGCCCCAGCGGCCCCAAAGCCCCUAGGAAGUGACCACCCCCCAUCCCUGGCACCCAGAUCCUGGCCCCUGCACUCACACACAAAACACAUACACAUGCCUCUCUUUCAUCAUGUAUUUAUUCCUUUAUUUCUGGGAGCUGGGAGGAGUGACGGGAGCAAAUCAGGACCUGGCCGCCCCACGCCGAGCUGGCAGAUGUUGAGAGCUGGGUGACAGCUGGCUCUGUGGUUCAGGCUGCAGGCAGCUUGGGAAUUCAAAAUGGGGCUUAGAGAGGAGCUGGAGGGUGGACGUAGUGAUGCAGUGGAGCAUGGCGCUGCAAGGUUGCCCGGGUUCUAGUCCCAGCACCAUCACCGGGGAUGAGUUGUUUCAGAGUGUGGCACUGAGAGGCCACUGAGACAUUAUCAAUGGGUAAUGAACAGCACUUCCAUGGCGUAACUCAUUUAAUCUUCACAGCAUGAUGAUGAGGUAGGCGUUAGUAUCAUUACCUCCAUUUUACAGAUGGGGAAACUGAGGCUCAGAGAAGGGACUGACUUGCUCAAGACCACAUGGCUUCUCAGUGAUUGGCCCAGCUAGGAUCCCACCUCUGGUCCUUCAAGGUCCACUUCCUCUGCUUUCCUCCUCCUGCCCCCUGAGAGGAGACGCUCUGAGUAUACCGAGGGCCCUCAGGAGACUCUCACAUCCAGCUUACAGUCACAGGCUGAGCAUUCCCUGUGCUGGGUUCCGCGCCUCAUCAUGUUGGCAGCAGAGGCACGUGCCAGCUGCUCGAAAAACUGCUGUAACCUUGGUAGGGUCCCUCUCCCCAUCCAUUUCCUCCUUGUCUUGGAAGUCCUGCUUGUUUGAUAAUUUUCUGACUGACCGCCAUGUUGUUGCUGUGUGACCUUGGGCAUGUCAUUUCACUCUGAGCCAUUUCUCAAUCAUGGAUGACAGCACGUACCUGGUGAGAAGUUGAGAAGAUUCAGAAAGAGGCUCUGAGUGAAGGACCUUGUCUGUUUUGGUCAUGAAAGUGUUCCCAGGAAAUGCAAAUGGGCACACAGUAGUUAUCUAUUGAGCUAAUGAACAAUGUCCCUGGUGCAUAGUAAGUGCCCACCAAAUGCAGCUUUUUUCAUAUUAUCUAAUGUUUUAGGCCGUGCCUGCACCAACCCAUGCUUCUUUCUUUCUUUCUUUCUUUCUUUUCUUUUCUUUUUUUUUAAGACAGAGUCUCACUCUGUCGCCCAGGCUGAAGUGCAAUGGCGAGAUCUGGGCUCACUGCAACCUCCGCUGCCCGGGUUCAAGCGACUCUCCUGCCUCAGCCUGCUGAGUAGCUGGGAUUACAGGCAUGUGCCCGGCUAAUUUUGUAUUUUUAGUAGAGGCGGGGUUUCGCCAUGUUGGCCAGGCUGGUCUCGAACUCCCGACCUCAAGUGAUCCGCCCACCUCGGCCUCCCAAAGUGCUAGGAUUACAGGCAUGAGCCACCGUGCCCAGCCCAACCCAUGCUUCUUAAUGCUGCAGGUGGGUCUGGAGCAAGGCUUUUCUCUUUUAACCAUCUCCUUGAGUUUCAGAAGGUUGGACAUGGGCUAGAAAGCAGUUCUUAAGAGGGCGUCUCCUCCCCAAGCUCCUUAGCCAUGCUGUCCUCUCCUGCCCUCACCAGGACUGCCCUCUCAGGGACCCAAGAGGAAGGGACAGCCUGGAAAGGAAGAAGGUCCCAGGCCAUCUGCAUCAUGGGGAUGGAGUCCCUUGGUGGGUGCCAGUGCAGAUACACUCCUGUGAUGGGGCUCGUCUAGAAUCUCCUCUUGGAAUGAGGAGACAGCACAUGCGGUUUUGAAUCUUCAUUGUCCACUUCGUUGCUAUGAUGUUGGGCAGGUCUCUGUCCCUCUCUGGGCCUCUGCACCAUGGAGGGUUAGGAGUUGAUGGUUCUGAAGGCUCUGCCAUCCUGGAAAAGAACUGAGACACUUCCCUUGUGUUCCUGGGUCCCAGAAACAGACAUCGAUUGGUAGAAUCGACUGGGCAUUUGCCCACAGACAGGGAAAAGCAUGCCUGGGGGUCUGUAAUAGGAGCUGCCCCAAUUGGGGGCAGGAAGGCGGGCAUUUGAAAAAGGAAGCUUAACUCAAAAGCUUUGUUUUCAGGCUCUUUGCCUACCCCAGGCUCCAUCUUGGUACCAAGGACUCAACCUUCUGAUUUCUCAAUAAAGUGAGCCCUCUUCUCGGUG